UGUGUUCAAUUUUAGUUCCUUUUUCGUUUUGUUUAUUGUUUUUGUAGGUGUGUAUUGCAAGAAAAAAUUGCCGAUAAAUUUUAUAUUGUUCUAUAAUUUCUUCAUUAUGUCCGUACCUCAGAUGAACUUCGAAAUUUUGCUUUUAUUACUUAAAGCAUCUUCAAAACAGCAGGUUGUUGAUAUUUGCCAAGAUGUGUUUAAAUAUAGAGAAAAAGAAGUACCGAAUCAAAUAGUAUUACCUGUUGCUGAUGCAAUGGGUAUUGAAACUGCUGAAGCACUCAAGCUUUUCAAAGCUUUAGGUGUUUUUCAGAAAUUUGUAUUAUUCCAUGGGCAUUCUACUUAUGAUAGCAUUUCUUCACUCUUCCCAGAUGAUUUUCAUAAGAAUUUACGUGAUCUUCUCUCAAAAAUUAUUGCUGAAAAAUUUGGAACAUGGAAAAGCUUAGCUGCUAAAGAUUCUGUAUCUGUGCCAAAAUUAACAGAAUUUGAUUGGAGGGUAGAUUUAAAAAUGGCAUCUGGUAAGAUAGCCCGAAUGAGUGAACCAACUUGCAUCUUACAUUUGAAGAUUCAUAAUCCUGGAGUUCCUGAAAAUGAUGAAGACAGAUUUCAAUCUCUUAAUGUUGAACUCAGCAAAGAAAAACUUGAUACCAUGCUCAAUGGUUUAGGCAGGAUAAGAGAUCAGCUAUCUGCUGUUGCUAAAAAGUGAUAAAUGUUAUGUCUUUUUCUUUGUAAAUAAAUUUAUACUAUUCAUCUA